CGCGCUUCUCCUUUAAGCGCCGAAAAAGCCCCGGCCAUGACGUCAGCAGUAAAACCUGCUGGGUGUCUGUCCGUCGGAAAGUGAACUGUGUUUGGCGUGCUACUGCCGUCGGAGUUUUCUCACUGUUGUCUGUCUUUCGUUGAGUGUUAUAGUCGUUUUUUAACUCCACUCGCGGGCUUUUACGUUACUACUUUAGAAACCCAGUCCUGUAACCGAUUUAUGGGCUGUUUUAGAAAAGUUCCUGAAGUGCUCUUUGAGGAACCGGUGGACGGCGAACACCACCGGAGAUGGAUAAGCUAACCGAUAGCUGAGUUGUUAGCCGAGAACCACAGGUCAAGAAUAGGAUCAAGCUAGCAUGCUAACCGCUAGCCAAUUUAGCAUUUAAUCGGCUAACCAAGUGACUUUGUUAACCUGUAACGUCAGAACUACUGCCGGUUAUUUCUCGGGCCUGGCGGCUACACCGUGAACAUUUCAUCAGAGGCCAGCCAGGAAGAAGACUCGGUCUGUAUUUUAAGGAAAAAGACAGAAGUGUUGUUGUUGAAGUGGCUGUUCGUCUCAGCCCAAACCAGGAGCAUGCUAUCCAACGCACAUAACCAGCCACUGUUUCCCAACCCGGCGGGGCAGCAGAACCCGGGCGGGCAGCAGAUCACUACGGGCCAGUUCCUCCCCUUCAACGCUAGACCCUCCUUACAGAUCAAGAAGAAUGCCAUAACAGAUGACUACAAGGUAACCAGCCAGGUGCUGGGACUGGGCAUCAAUGGCAAGGUGCUCGAAAUCUUCCAGAAGAAGACUGGAGACAAGUAUGCGCUGAAGAUGCUACAGGAUUGUGCCAAGGCCCGUAGGGAAGUGGAGCUCCACUGGAGGGCGUCACCUUGUGCCAACAUUGUGCGCAUCAUUGAUGUCUACGAGAACCUUUACCAGGCUAGGAAGUGCCUGCUUAUUGUCAUGGAAUGGAACUUCCAGUUCUAUAUCAGGAAGUGA